UGGGAAAUUAGUUUUCUGGGUAACAGAUUAUAAAUUUUUGUGUUAAAAUAAUUAAUAUUAUUUUUUAUUUGAGAUGGUGUUUAAAAUAAAAAAAUUAGGCUAUUUACUAAAACCCGGCGAAAAAUUUGUAGAUGAGGAGGAAUGUGUUGAGGACGAUGAAAUAAACUCCUACACCAAAAAGGAAAUUUAUCUCACCAAACUGAGAAAAUUUUUAGAGAUAGAGGAGAAGAUACGGGAGAUGGAGUUAAAGCCUAGGGGCGAUUUAAAGGUUAAUUGGAUAGAAACGUUGACUGUUAUUGGCAAUUCGACACCUCAAGCCAAAGAAAAUCUCACACUCCUAAACACACAAUUCAGUGAACUGGCCAUGGAAUUUGUCAAAAUCGGACUCAACAAAUUCAAAAGAAUGGGAAUUGCGUUUAAUAGGCCGACGGAUUUCUAUGCGGAGAUGAUGAAGAGUGACGAGCAAAUGGGCAGGAUAAUGAGGCAAAUUGAGCACAGAGCACAGGAAAAUAAACUCAAACUUCAAACUAAAAACCGUAAAAUGAUUAAAAAGAUGAAAAAAGCUGGAAAAGAUAAAAGAUCAAAGCAGCUGCAGGAGAAGAAUAAAUUUAUCAACCAAGUCAACUACCUGCGAAAACACAAGAAAAACCUCCAAGAUGAUCUCAAACAUCUUAUCAAAUAAUUUAUCAAAUAACAACUUAUCAAACAAUAACUUAUCAAAUGAUAACUUAUCAAACAAUAGAGAAUUCUAUUUGCAACCUGAUAAAAAUGUUUAUUUCCAAA